AUGAAGAUCGGCGUCAAGCCUUCAGAUUUGGCAUACCACGUUUUCAACACUUCCCAUCCUCUCACUCUACACAAAGAAGAGCUGUUGGCAGACGUUGUGCAUUUUCCAAAAUAUUCAAGAGAAGCGUUCCUCAAGGACAUCGCUGCUCAUUCCAAUCUCAAACCUGUGUCUGGAUCGGACUCUUUCACCUUAACUCCUUUAUCCCCCGCACGAAACUCAGAAUCUUCGACAUCGUCUCAAGAAACUUUCCAACUUCACAAGGACCAGAAGGCCAUCCUGGAACAUUUGUCGCUUGAGCUAGAAACCAAACUCGACACAAGCGUUGGAGGGGUCGAUCCUCCAAGGUUAGUUUUAAGGCAACAAAGACAGGAGCCUCCAUUCCCAAAUGGUGACAAUGCAGCAAACUUACCACUGCAAAUAACCUAUCUUCCACAACCUUAUCAUGGCCAAUAUCAGAAUAUGGUCCCUAACUCUUUGCCAUAUGCUACUUUUCAAUCUCAACUACCAAUGACAUAUAAAGUUCCGCUAAACAUUAAUAUGGCUCCUAGUCAUGCGACAUCACAGAUAGUUGAUGCAAGGAAUCAUCAUCGUAACAUGAAUGCCCACAACGGCCGAGGUCCUGAAGGAGACGAGGAAAUGUAUGCUGGAUGUACUCCCGUUCUCGAGGAGCGUCGGAAUGAGCACACUGGAAGGGUUUCCCCACGAGUUGCUUUACGCACUAUGAUGCAGCAAGCCCUUAGACCAAGUACACAACGUGAAAAGUUUGAGCGCCAAACACACUAUACUCAGCAUUCUCACUAUCCUCGAGAUGCUUUUGGAUUAAGCUCACGUGGCGUCAGUGUGGCAUCUGAUACCCUCGAUUUGUCCCCAAAUGACAGAAGUCUUGAGGCUAGUAUUCGAGAGCAGCUUGCUCGUUCUGGUCUCCUCCGAGAUUGUCCAGACCCGGAAUAUGUCAACAGGCCAAUGGCGGUUGAUCCUUCCAUUGUCUCGUGCGGAAGAGCCCUGAAGCAACAAAUACCAUUCCAUCAUCACAGACCACAGUAUCCCUUCAGUCAACCGCAACCCUCUGAAGAAGUCAAAAUGAGCCGAGAGCUCUCACGACCACCUUUUUCAAUCAGCACGUCACCUCCAAAACUUCAAAGAAAUACAGGAAUUCCAACUUACAAAGUAGUUGUGCCACGGUCAAGUUCUCCACAAAUUCAGACCUACAGAGGUGUCGAUUCUGUGAUCAAGGAACCCAAGAGAAGAGAUAAUCCACAAUCGUACAAGGUCGAAGCGGGAUCAAAAUUCUUGACCAAAGAUGACUACACUCCUACCAAAAGAAUCGUUGGCUACUUUGUAGAGUCUUCUGGCGAAAGCCCUAAAUCUGCCAAGAGAUACCCCACUCAGUCUCUCAGCAAUCAUGAUGAGACAACGCCCAAACCUCUCAGACACCCUGUCAAAAAUCGCUCGGGUGGUGUUUCUGAACCAGAAAUGACACAGUCUCUCAUCAGAGAUGGAAAAGACAAAGUCAAUAAAAGUGAGGAAACACCCAGGGUAACAGCACCUUUGACAGAAACCACUGAGGGCGAAACUCUCAAUGAGCCGAUUGAUAUUAUCGACAAAUACGUUGACGGCCCUAAGACGCAAGCGCAUGCUACAGCAGAUUUACUUGAGGACUGCAUCAACUCUCUGGCUACAUGGGAAAAGGGAGAUCGUAGAGUUCUUCUCAAGCUAUUGAAGGUUCUGAAACGACUUGAUGAUGAAGAUGAUGCCAAGCCUAUCGAGAGUCUAAGACUACCUGCCCUACUGAAUCCAGCUCAAGAAAAGAAAAGGAAUCUAGAUCUAAUAACAGUCUUAACCCCAAGGCGGCGUGUUUCAAAGAUUUUAGUUCUGCUAGAGCUCAUAUUACCCGCGCCCACCAUGAGCGGCGAGGUCUUUCGUUACAGGAAGAAAUUACACCAACCUCAAAAUGAAAUGUUACCAAUGUUUUACCUGAAGCCCUUAAUGUCAACAGAACCGGUUUGGAUCAAGACUCAGCAAAGGACGCCCAUGCCACCACUAGAUCCACCUCCAAGUGAAGAGGAUGAAGGAAGAGUAGCCAAAGCAAUGGACCCUCGUCUAGCAGGGCCACUUCUUACUCGAUUCUACAAUAAAUAUCCAUUGACUGGUACAGUAUGUCCAAAUCCGCCUUCACCUCCUCCAGCCGCCGUGAAGAAUGCUGCAGAGAUUCAAGAGGAGCUUGAAACGCCUUUUGUUGCAAGAAAAGGAAAAGAAGGCUUUUGCAAAUUCUUCAACUGUUAA